UUGACACUAUCGCUACUCCCGACCCAGUCGACUUCGGGCAGAAUUGCUUCUGUUAGCCGACUUUCGUCACAUACUCGAGCACCUCGUGCCGCAUGCGCUAACAGAUCACUGCCACCCUGCUCUGACUGCUCUGACCGCUCUGACUGCUCAGACCGCUCUGAUUGCUCCGACUACUCCGACUGCUCCGACUGCUCCGAUUAACCAAGAUGCAACUCAAGUCCGAGGACGCGACACCUACUAGUGGCCCCCAAUCCCCGGUCGAGGAACCUGCAGUAGAGUUGGCUUUAUCUGAUCAGGCGACGCCUGACCUAGUUUUAUCAGGUAAUGCCACUGCUGAUAUGACUGUAUCAGAUCAAGCUACGGCUGAUAUGGCUACGUCUAGUCAACGUACUUCUAAAAUAGAUCCAUCUUAUAAUCCUACGGCUGGUAUAGUUGCAUCUGAUCAACCAGCGGCUGAUGCGGCCCUGGCUCAGCGACAUCACAGGAUCCAGCAGCACAAACCACUCGCCGAAGUCGCACCUUCCAGGGUAUCAGCAGCACAUACCGGAGCUAACCCUAGCCCACAACCCCCUCGCUCAUCCCUCCAGCUGCCGCCUAGUACACGUCGGCCGAGCAACGAGGCAGAAGGCUGCGCUCCGUCAGGCGAAACUGCAGCAGGACAUGACGGAACUCUUAGCGGGGGAGCUUAUAGCGAGGAAGCUAAUCGCGGGGCAAAUCCAGGCUCGGAACCCCUUCCGUCGUCGCCGCUCCGUGAGACCAAUCAAACCCCUCUGCAGGCGCCAACGCAUUGGUCGGACGCGGAGGUCCUACAACUCCUUAGGGCUCACGCGGAGCUCGACCCUGAGUUCGCCUCCGCACGCGGUAUAAGAGGCUUCAAUGAGCUCAGCGCCGUGCGCGGUAUAAGAGGCCCCAGUUACUACGGAGAGCUGCGUCACCUGUUGCUGCUGCGGCACCCCGGCUUCCGCCACUCGCAGGAAGCGAUCCGAGCCAAGAUCCUACGGCUGAAAGUGAACUACGAGAAGCUGCGAGACCAGCUUGAACGGCUGGAUUGGCUGGAUCGAUUCGGCAGCCCGGUAACGGAUCGGCUUCGGAUGGGUGGCCUUCAAAUGCCUCGGAUUCCCAAACAACUGCCCGAGUGGUUUCUGCUGCUGGAUCCUGUGAUGUCACGGAGCCAGGGCCGUACCUCCGCUCUCCUGCUGAACUCCGCCAGAGCUGCCAUUCCUGCUACAGCAGUUCGGACCACUCGUGCUACAGCAGCAGCAGCAACGGCACCGGCACAGUCAGCAGCCCCUGAACCAGCACGAGCUUCAGCAGCAGCAGCAGCACGUGGAAAUGACCGGCCGAUAGCAGGGCCUGUUGGAACAGCGGGCAGGCUGAUGUGUCAUGGGUCUCAUGAGUCUCAUGGGCGUGACGUGUCUAGUGGGCGGGCAGGAAGCAGAAGGGAGCAGAAUUUUGUAUUGCGUGGGAGGGAGAUGGAGUUCAGAGGAGAGUAUGUGCGUGCGCGUGCACCAGCUAGGGCGGGGCCUGAUGGUUUGUCGGGUGGGGGAAGGAAGCGGGGAUUCGAAUGGCGCGGGAGGGAGGUGAUGUCAAGGGAAGAGUAUGGGCGUGCCCAUUCGCCAGCUAGGGCAGAAGAUAUGAGGGGAGACAAUGGUAUGAGGGGAGGCAAUGUUACCGACGCAGAUGAUGUUACAAAAGUUGAUGAACCGAGUGCGGCAGUGUUGGAGGGCGUGUGUGCUGAUUUCGAGGAUGUCAUGCAGGACUGGGCUGGAAAUGUUUGCGCCGAAUUUGAGGAGUCCGUUGUGGAGUUUGCCGAGUCGGCUUGCUUCCGCUUCAAAAGGCUUACCGAGGAUUUCGCCGAGUCGUGGAAGGCGGGCAGAGGAACCAAGAGAUACCGGAUGUAGCGAGUGGGUGAGAUGGCAGGAAUAGUGAUACAGAGGAAUUUGAAGUACUCACAGAUUCUGGAGGGCGGGCGGGCAGGUUACCAAGAGGUACCGGAUGCAGUGAGUGGGCGAGAGUAGCGAGAAAAGUUGCACUAGGAAGGGAGAAGGGGGGAAACCAGUACAAGGUGUUGUACUCCCUAAGAGCUGACCUAGCUAGGAUACACAAACACAUACCGUAAAUGCCGGGUAGAAGACCUGGGCGAAUAGAAGACCCUAGGGUCCAUUAUCCGGGUGUUUUCUUAUAAACGGGUACUCUGUUUAUAAGACAUAGAUUUUCGAUAGGUAUGGCACAAGACCCACCUUGGGUCUUGUAAUCAGGAAAUUU